AUGAUGAUGUCAACACUAGGAGGAGGUGAUUUCGAGUUGGCGGUGCGCCAACAGCCCAAAUAUGCGUGCGUUGCCAUCGGCAAGGGUAAAGAGCGAAAACCAAUAGACCCGCCACCUAUCGUACAGCUCAUGGUCAACCCAAGAAAAGACCCGGCCAAGACAUUUCUGCAGAACCCGUACUUAAUCCUGACAGCGAGGCUGAUCCGCAAGGGCGACGACGAGACAGAAGAGCAGCAGCAACCAGGACUGAAGGAAAGCGACUUGACUGGCACUCUCGUCUCAUCCCUCUACAGCCUCAAGGACACAGACAAUAGCCAGGGCGGGUUUUUUGUCUUUGGCGAUCUGUCGGUCCGGAGAGUGGGCACCUAUCGGCUCGCCUUCAUCCUCUACGAGCUCAAACUGGCCGAGAAGGAGUGCUGGCUCCUCGCCCGAACAGUGUCCGAUCCCUUUGUCGUCUACGCGACCAAAACCUUCCCCGGCCUCGCCGAAUCUACUUUCCUAACACGGUCCUUCAGCGAUCAGGGCGUCCGUCUCCGCCUGCGCAAGGACUCGCGGACCGUGUCCACCAAAAAGCGCACCAUUGGCGUUGUCACGCAGGCCGACCAGCUCCGGGCGUCGCAGGGGAUUCACGGCUACCUGCCCCACGAUGGCAGCCCCCACGAUCUCAGCCCGAACGGACACUCGCCCCAUCACAUGCGCCGUCUCAGCACCUUCCAGGACCCCCCCGGGCAGCUGGAUCGAUCUCGCGGUUCCAUGGGGUCGCAGGGCAGCUACUACGGUGACUCGCCUCAGAUGCGGGGGAGCGAGUACGGGACGGCCUCGUAUGGGUACAGCCCGUACGAUGACAAGCCGCACAAGCGCGCACGCAUGGACAGCAGCAGCGGUGGCGGCAGCGGAUCCGCCGACGAGGCCAACCACGGCUACGAGAGCGACUACCACCCCUACGCGCAGGCCGCUGCCGGACCGCGGACACUGCCGGACACGCUCGGAUCAAUGUACCCCAUGGCGGCGGCAGCCGUUACGACAAGCUACCCGGUGCCAACGCAGCCGGCCAUGACGGGCUUGCCGAUGCCCACGACGUACGGGGGACAUGCCAUGCCGCGCCUCGACACGUCAAUACCCCCGCAUUCGCCGGCGACGGGCGCGCCCAGCUCGGCCGCGUCAACCUCCUUCUCCCCCGGCACCAGGCGGUCACCGGGCUCGGCAUACCCAUACCCGCCCCAGCAUCACCAUCACCAUCACCCCGCCAUGUACGCCUCGUCCCCCGCCAGCUUGCCCUACCACACCCCCGGCUCCCAAUUGCCGCAGCCCGGAACCGGCCUAGGCAUCGCCACGCUCCCUAGCCACCUCGAUCUGGAAGGGGUAGAGAAGCAAGCGUAG